UUGUAACUUUUCGGUUUAUUCAUUUGUAGCACAAUCUUUUCGGAGUGUAGAAUAAACUUUUAAAUAAUGAAACCUCUGUUCGUUUUGUCUUUUGUUUUGCUUUUUGGCGUUGCCCUGGGAGCUGAAGGCGAAUUGACCGAAAUGUGCCAGCCACAAUUAAACAGGCGAGACCUAUUCGACCUGGCGGUGUUGGCUGGCAUAAAGGUGCUCGUCCGGCAGAUAGAGAGCUUCAACGAGGAUUCGCCGAUCUCCUCCAGCCUGGUGGUUCACAUCACGACUAUCGUCUCCAAGUAUCUGCUGUCCGGCAGGAGCAUUCGGUUCAUCAUUCGGCUGCUCUAUGUGGCAUGUCGCCUGAACAAACCGCUGCCAAGUGAAACGAAAGCACAAGCUGCAGUCAGCACAGCUUUCUUGUGCCUGUUGGAGUUGGGCAAAGAGAAGUGCUAUUCAUACAUGGAAAAGGAGGAAGGAGACUUCUCCGUGGAGAUUGACUGAACAAUUGAAUUAAUACGCGUCUACAUUCUUUGAAUCCUUGAUUCCUUGAAAGUCACUUGAAUCAAUUGAAAUUCUAAAAAAUGUAUAUUGAUUCUAGAAUUUAAGCAAUCGUUUUGUGCAUGUUAUAAUCAAACGUUUUAUUAAACAGAAUCCAGUUCGUUUCGUUGAUGCACUCAGCAAAUGAAAA